AUGCAGCUGCUGCUGGUUCUUCCAUCACUUGCAAUCCUUGCAGGUGCCUUGACACUCCCGUCACCGGAGGAGGUAUUGAUCGAUCUCGACCCUGGAGGGCUCGUGUGGACGGGUUUGGAUGCGGAUGAUGACCUGGCGCUGCUGAUGGCCAUCGCCCUCAACCGGACGCGACCGGGCAUCAGAAUAGUGGGCGUGACUGUCUGUGGCGGCAACGCACCCAUCAAGCACACGUCGCCUGGACUGGACCUGCUGCUGCGCACGGCCGGAGUCACCUCUGCCGAUUUUCAGCACGGCAUCGCUCGCGGGUAUGGCUGGCGCGACAUGCAUGUCGCCUGGCCCAAGUUGCGCAAGAUGAAUCGGCUCUCUCCAGACUGGCCGUCCUCCGAUGCCGCGGCCGACCUGAUCAUUCGGGCGGCGCACGCGAGCGGUCCCAAUGGGCUGACCGUCCUCACGCUCGGUCCAGCGACCAAUCUCGCGCGCGCCCUCGCCAAGGAUCCCGGGAUCGAGCCACGCCUCCGCCGCGUCAUCCUGAUGGGCGGCGAGCUGACCGGCGGCAAGAUGUGCCUCAACUUCGCGUCCGAUCGCGCGUCGGCGCGUGCGGUCCUCGCGAGCAGUGUGCCGACGAUGCUCGUGCCCAUCCAGACGUGCGCUCAGGUCGCCUUCACCUCCGACGACGUCGAAACGCUCGAGGCGCGGUGCUGCUCCGCGUUUGGCGACGGCGAGGACUCCGGCGAGGAGGCCAACGGCGAGGCCGCCGCGUGCGCGCUGCUGAAAAAGGCGCGGCUGCAGACGCGCGUGAUGCCGUGGCUCGUCAACGCUCGCGUCGCGCCCAGGCUCCCUGACGGCUCGCGCUGGCGCAGGUCCUCGCGGCUGCAGCGCGGCUUCAUCCCGUGGGAUGUGAUCGCACUGCUCGCCGCCUUCAAGCCGCGGCACUUUGGGGCGUGGGAGGCGCACAAGGUGGAGAUGCCGCGCUGCGCCCACCUCGGCGAGCGCGAGCCGUGCGAUGCGACGAUGAGAGUCGAGCCGACGCCGGUCAAGGGCGUGGUGGUGGACCUGGAGGACGGGCUCGUGCGCGCUGACACGACGGCGGCAGAGGACGAGGAGGAGGCUGCGCAGUCUCACGCGAAGACGUUGCACUCGCGUGCGGCCUGGCGUGACGUCGCGCUGAUCCCACACCUCGUGCGCUCCGAGCGCGAGCUGGUCGCCGACGCGAUCUCGCUCCUCUGCGCGGUGCCCGCGGCUCGCGUGCGAGACGCCAAGGGCGGCCGGCGGCGCAGCGCUCGGCCCGCGCUGCUGCUCGGCUUCCUGAGAGAGGCCGCGGUGGCGGCAUCGCCGCCUCCACGCACCGCGGUGCCGAAAAUUCCGUCCACCUUGCGCUGCUCCUUCAAGCGGCCGGGGGGGUUCUUGUGGCGGGGCUUUUGCCUACUGCUCGCAGGGCUGUGCUGCUGCGGCCAGGCGUUGGAGGCCGAGGAGAUGCGGUUGAUGCGGCUGAGGGAGGGGGCGGGCCUGCUCCGCAGGACGCCUGCCACGGCCACGCCCCUCGGGGCGAAGAAGACGGGCAAGCGUGCAGCGGAGGCGGCGCGUAGGGCGAUUGCGCUUGAGAGGGAGGUGUGGGUUGACGGGGAGUGCCGGGGUGGGCGUCGUAAGGGUGAGGGCGAUUGCCGCCCUCCCCCCUUCGCCCACCUCGACGCCUUCGUGUAG